AAGCUCCGCCUGUGACGUAAGUCAUUCUCGCGGGGGAGCUGACGCAGGAACAAACGGUGUUUGUACAUAGUACGUAAACCAAAACAUAUAUGUAAAUGAUGACGUAGGUGCUGCUGAACAGCAAGAGCAUGCCACAUGAUGAUCGAAUGUGCAACUCGCCAGGGAAACAGCAGCUCUUCCGGUAGCGUAUUUGAAGCUUCGAUAGCCUGGAGCUUAUUUCAUAUUCUUUCCCUCUGCUUACAAUCUUCUUUACUAGAAACCACCGUUUUUGAUACCCACGAACUUUGACGAACUUCACACCAAAUACCAAUUCGACCUUACCUAUUCCUAAUCAACAUUCAAACAUUCAAAACAUCAGUACAAAUCGCCCAACAUGACCAAGGGAGAAGCUGUCCAAGUCAAGGUCCACUACAAGGGCAAGGAAGACGACUACGUCAUCUUCAUCGACGACUACCAGACCUACAAGAAGUGGAAGAGCGAUAAGUCCACUCCUAUGGCUCACUUUAUCUCUUCCUUUAAGAUCUUCGUAACACACAAACAAGGAGCUCAGGGCCAGAUUGACGGUGCAUCCAGGGCCAUGCUAGAGAAUGAGUUCGGUAUCUCCGACCCGGAGGAGGUGAUCAAGUACAUCCUAGAGUCGGGCGCUGUCCAGGAGACUGAGUUCACCGACCGCCAAGGACACAAGAACGAUGGCAAGACGAUUGUUAUUGUCCCUGGUCAGGUUACCAGAUAAAUAAGCAUUAUGAUUUAACUUACCGGCAGCGCCUGGUACGACCUGCGGCGCUGCUCUAUCGCACGACGUUAGUUAGUUGGGAGAGCGGUGUUCAGGCACGUUGGGGGGGGGGGGGGGGUAACAUUGGUCAAGUGUUACAAUGAUUUACACCAACCAACGUGAGAAUGCGGGUGUAAUAUCCACAGAAUAGCAAUCAAUCAUGGGCUAGUUGACGAGGAAUAUGAUCGCGAUUGGAUCUACAAGAUAGUCGUAGCUAGCGACAUACGAAAUCUUAAUGAAAGAAUUCGCAUAAUGCG